AUGAUCAAAACAUUAAGAUUCAAUAAAAUGAGUAUUAAUAAACAAUUUUCAACUAGUGCUUUAAAAGGAGAUUUAUAUAAAUAUCAAAGUAAAUUACCUAAAUUACCAGUACCAACUUUACAGGAAACUAGUGAAAAGUAUUUGAAAACAAUUGAACCAUAUCUUUCUCAAGAACAAUUGAAAAAAUCAAAGUCAUUAGUUGCCGAUUUUGUUAAAAGCGGAGGAGUUGGAGAAGUAUUACAAAAUCGAUUAAUUGAAUUUGCUAAAGAUAAGGAUAAUUGGUUAGCUGAAUGGUGGGAUGAUUAUGCUUAUUUAUCCUAUCGUGAUCCUGUAGUACCAUAUGUAUCAUAUUUUUUCAAUCAUAAAGAUAUUAAUACUAAAAUUGGUAAGGAUCAAUUAUUAAAAUCUUCAUUAAUUGCUUAUUACACUACUAAAUUUUUAAUUGAAGUUGAAAAUGAAACUUUAGAACCAGAAAUUAUUAAAGGUAAUCCAUAUUGUCUGAAUGCUUUUAGAUAUAUGUUUAAUAAUUCUAGAGUUCCUCAUGAGGGAAGUGAUUUAACUAAAAUGUAUAAUGGUAAAGACCAUAGAUAUUUUAUUGCUAUUUUCAAAAAUAAUUUUUAUAAAGUUUAUCAUCAUGAUUCAAAUGAUGAAUUAUUAUCCAAGACUGAUAUUUAUAAUCAAUUAUUAGCCAUUACUCUUGAUAAUCAACCAAAGGGUGAAGGAUUAGGAGCAUUAACCUCAUUAAACCGUGACGAAUGGUUAAAAUCAUAUAAUUCCUUGGUUAAAUCUCCAAUUAAUGAAGCAUCUUUAGAAAGUAUUUUUGCUUCUUCAUUUGUUAUUUGUCUUGAUGAUAACACUCCAAUCACCAUUGAAGAAAAAUCCAAGAAUAAUUGGCACGGAGAUGGACAAAAUCGUUUCUUUGAUAAACCAUUAGAAUAUUUCGUUAGUGCCAAUGGUAAUUCUGGAUUCUUGGGUGAACAUUCUAAAAUGGAUGCUACCCCAACUGUUCAAUUGAAUAAUUAUGUUUUACAAGAAAUCAGUAAAGAAGAUUCCAACCAGUUUAUCAAUGACGUUAAUUCAAAUUUGAAGAAAUUGACUCCAGAAUCAUUAAAAUUUGAUAUUAAUCCAGUGGUUAGACAAGAUAUCAAAGAUGCAAUUGAGAAAUUUGACCAGACCAUUGCAUCUCACGAUGAAGAAGUAUUCCAAUAUUAUGGAUACGGUAAGAAUUUGAUUAAGCAAUUUAAAGUUAGUCCCGAUGCCUACGUUCAAAUGUUGAUUCAAUUGGCGUACUAUAAAAUGACCGGAAAGGUUAGACCAACUUACGAAUCUGCUGCCACCCGUAAAUAUUUAAAGGGACGUACUGAAACCGGAAGAUCGGUUUCCAACGAAUCGAAAAAAUUUGUUGAAACUUGGACCUCAUUUGAAUCUAGUAACGAAGACAAGAUUGCCACUUUCCAAAAUGCAUGUAAACAACAUGUCAAGUAUUUAGUGGAGGCUGCCGAUGGUAAAGGUGUUGAUCGUCAUUUCUUCGGUUUACAACAAAUGUUACAACCCGGGGAAGACAUUCCUGCCGUUUUCAAGGAUCCUGUUCACAAGUAUAGUUCUACUUGGUAUAUUUCAUCUUCGCAAGUUCCUUCAGAGUAUUUCCAAAGUUGGGGAUGGUCUCAAGUUAUUGAUGAAGGUUUUGGUUUAGCUUAUUUGGUUAAUAAUGACUGGUUACAUGUUCAUAUCAGUUGUAAGAAGGGUAAUGGGUUAAGAUCAGACUACUUGAAGUACUACUUGACCGAAGCCGCCAACGAGUUAAGAGAUGUUUUGAAGACUACCUUGCCAUCCAAGGCCAAAUUGUAAGAAAAAAAAAAAAUAUUAGAUAAUAAGAAAUAAGAAAUAAGAUUUAUCAAUUAACGUAAUAAGUAAUGUAAUAAGUAAUGUAUAAGUAAUGACAGGUGCGUAUGCCAGGUACAGGGGCAGGAGAUGUACGGAGGCUCCCCGGAAGUUUAAAUUAGCAGCAUUUUUUGUUGUAACCGUUGAAAGUCCAACUUGACAAGGGAUGCUACUGGAUAGCACCCACCACCUCUACUUCGGUGAAGAUCAUUAGCACAAGCAGACUAAGCGAGUGUUU